AUGCCAUCUGUCGAUGUUUCUACAGAUCAACACCAUGAUCUACAUCUUUCCGCUCCAGCAUUACCAUUAGCACCACUAUCGGCAUCGUAUCUUACCAAGCGCUGGCAUCCAGAGCCACCACCAGUGCUUCAACGUCCUUGUUUGGUGAUAGAUAAGAUCCAUGGUCGCGCAUAUAUGAUUGGCUACGACUCUAAAGAUAGACUCGUUUUCAACUUUAUGGACUCGACUGAAGCCUGUGAUAGCAAUAAGCAGGAACGGUACAAAAGCGAGGAAACAGGAGACGGUAGUGAAGGUGGGUUUUCAGUAUGGGAUCAUGGUCGUCGGACGUGGACCCACAUUCGGAUCAAUCGACCCUGCACAUACCAUGAAGAAGAGUAUGAGAAAGGAGGCAAGAUGAGGAUGAAGGAGGAUACCAAAAGGAUUAAAUUUGAGCGCCCUGCUCGAAUGAUUGUUGUGUAUCAAUCCUAUCGCGAGCAUGCAACACAUCGUCACCGUAGUACAAACCACCUUGAUGGUGACAACAACGACCAAGAAGCACUGGACACAAUUGUAGCCCAAUGGGAAGACCGGCAUGGACGUCAUCACCUUACUGGCGUCCAGCUUGUGAACCACAUGGUCUACUCAUGUCAUGAUAUCAAGAUUGGGCAAGUUUGUACUCUUCCUCCAAACAUCACACUCGUGGCCUCGCCCAACAACCCUUAUCACUAUACAUUCCAUAAUGCCCCCAAGAAAUACAAGAAUGAAGGUGAUCAUGGCAGCCCCUGUGGAAAUACAGCACUAUUUCUCUUCGGCCCCCAAGGCUCGGGUUGGUUCAACAUCUCCAUCGCUGAUCGUCCCAACCCGAGACCUAUUGACAUCAUUUACAGACAGCAUAAUGUUGAUAAAGCUAUCAAGGAUGGUUUUCACCCUCUGCCUGAUAUCCAUAUUGAAAAUCCACGGGCAGUUUACUAUGACGAUCAGCUCUGGAUCUUUGGAAAGUUUGACCUGUGCAUUAUUUAUGGUGGAUGCGACCGAGCCGAGAAUUGCAGUACUAACCUGCGUCCUGGCGAGCGAGGCCGAAUUCAAAGCGUCGCCCCUGUCUCCAUUUACAGGCCAGGUAUCCACGACAGCGGUGAUAACAACAAUGCGAAUAAGAGUGAGAAUCAUGGAGGUACUAGCCAUACCGGACCAGAUGAUAGCUUAAACAGUGGUGGGGACUCCGACAGUUCAGGUUCAGGCGAUUCUGGCAGUUCUGGCGGCUCGAAUGGCACUAGCAAUUCAGACAGCUCAAAUUCAAAUGCCUCUAGCAACCCUGACGAUUCAAAUAAUUCUGAUAACCCUAGUUCAGGUGAUUCUAGUAACUCUGGCACAGGUGGUUCUGACAACUCUGGUUCUGGCGGCUCGGACAGCUUGGGUUCAAAUAACUCUGGUAACUUUGAAGGCUUAGAUGAGGCUGGUAACUCGGGGUCUGGUGACUCAGGGUCUGGUGACUCAGGCGUGCCGGCUGAUUCUAGUUCAUGGACUCCAGACUCAGGUGUCCCCGCGGGUACCGCCUCUGAAGGCGUACCCGAUGUUCUCGACCCCAACGACCCAUACCCGAACCCUGAUACAUCAGGCCAAGUCUUAGUUGGAGUUACAUCUAUCCCAAUGAACACAGCGAGCGUUACAACUAGUGAUACUUCUGUACCCUCAGUUAAUGGCUUUCCAAAUAACGUUGCCAAGAAUAGCGAUGAUGGUUCGAAAAAUCAUAUAGAUAUCAUUAUUGGCAGUGUACUUGUAUCCCUAGCCUUAAUUACGCUUGUUGCUCUCAUCUUUUUUGUAGGCAGGAAGCGCCGUUCAAAUGAUAGUGAGCUAGGGGAGGCGGGCUCUGGGGCAGACCAAAGCAUAAAUGGCGCUGGGAUCUUUAGCUCAGAGAGGUAUGUCGGCAGCGCGCAUACACAACCCAAGCAGCCCACUGGAAUCAAUGACAUGCCGGAUUUGGCGCCAGUUACUCCUAGUAUCGGCGAUAUAGGCCUCUAUGGGCUCCCUGGCCUUGAUGGUCCUUCGGGCACUACGCGCCCUGUCGCAACCGUUAACAGACACAAACGCAAGGGAUCAGUUAACGUACACCAUGAGCCUAGUGAUGUCGCUUUUUUUGAGCCCUCUACAGAGUCUGAUAGUAUUCCAUUGUUAAGGUCCUUGCAAACCUCUAGCCCAAAGCCCUUAGUAGGUGGCGGAGACCACAGUUUACCGCACCAAGCAAGCCAUACACUGUCCGCAAUGGUACCUAUCACUACGACUGGUCCAAAGGCUGAAGUACAAAAUUAUUCGUCAAAUACAAGCAAAGGAGACCUUGCUGUUCGAGCCAUUGGGGCGGUUUCAGGAGCAGGCGUCGCAGCACUGGUGAUCCGCCAGCAUAGUGAAGGACUCCGCACACAAGUUGAAGGAUUUUCAUCGACAACAACAAUGCUCACCCAAGAUGAGACGCAAGAAGUCCUCUCUGGCCGUGAUAUGAUUGAAAGCUCGUUGAAACACACAAAUACAAACACGAUCGCCUUGGAGUCGUCUUUAGUCAUUCACCAAGAUAAAGUCAAAUGCGCUUCAUCCCCUGAGUCAGUCCCACGGAUCACCGACGGCAAAACGGCUACAAUUUCUGAAGGCAUGGGUCGUAAAGAGCCCAGUAUCCACAAGACCCAAAUCACACUUAAGCUCAGUAUCGUGUGCUAUGAACGCUCCGAUGCUGCUCAGGCAACACCCCAUGCAAAGCCAGGCACUCUGCUCUUCUCCCAGAUGGAGAUGCUUGGGAAUACACCUGAAAUUAACACUCUAGGUUCCGCAUUCUCGCAUGUUCGUGACAUAUCGAAGACCACUAACCAAGCGGCUUCUGGCCCUAGUGGGAUAGUCCUCAGCAUUGAGUCAGAGUCCCACAGGCGCUCUCUGAAGUGGAUGAAGAAUGAGUCCCAAUGGAAGCGUGAGGCAGGCAUGCUGCAGUAUUUGAAGUCAGAUCAGUACAUCGCAGAGCUUUUCACGCUCAAUUCCUUGCCAGCGUUUGCCGAGUAUCGCUAUGUGUCAGUUAUGGGUCCGUUCAACUAUACACUUGAGUCUUACAUCAAAAGCCGUAAGGGUGUUCACGCCAUGCACCGGCCUCCUGCUGCACCAAAAUACACUCUAGCUCAACAAGGGCCACUCACUUUGAUAGAAAUCAAAGCGAUGACAGACAGUAUUGCAUCGGCCAUCAGACGGUGCCAUGACCAUCACAUUGUCCAUCUUAGCCUUACGCCGGCGAGCGUAUAUUUGCAAGAUGCUUAUGAAUCUUACGGUCAAGGAUACACCUCUAGCCACCCAUCCUAUCCAAACAAAUCUGUCUGGGAAAAUAAGAACGUGUCUCAGAUUCAACAACGAUGGAAACUGUGGAAUUUUAGUCAUACUCGAUUUGUAGGUGAAGCAGUGGAUCUCAAUAUGGAGAUGACCCCAUAUACCGCACCAGAGAUUCUGGUAGCUAGUCAUCACUACAAGAAGCAUUUGGCGGUGAUAACGGCUAUUAAUAAUAAGAGCCCGAACGAAGGCACUACAAUUACAACUAUGACAAAGGGUAAAGUAACCAAGACGACAACAACCGACACAACCAAGCCCAUCACGAGCCAUGAUACUGAAAAGUUAAUAGCGAAUGCAAUGAUGGAUAUGUGGUCUCUUGGACAGAUCGUAUAUGAAAUGCAUACAACUCAGUCCAUGUUCAUGACACAUGAAGAUGCUCUUGAGAAGCUGUCGUCCGUAUUAGAAAGGCGUGAUGAGGAUGGUGAUUUGGACAAAGUCAAUGCGCACAGCAAGAUCAGACAGCAGCUGGAAGACCAGAUUCAAAAGAUAGAGCGGAUCCCAGACCACGGUGCACGCGAAGUGAUCAAGGGGUUGUUGGAGAUGCAACAUAAACGCCGGUUGGAUCACGAUGAAAUCCGUGAAUUAUAUUUGAACAUUAAAUAA